CGCCGGGCUGCUCCUCCGGGGAAGUGCCUCAGGCGCCGUCCAGCCAGGCUUAGGCUGCCCGAAGCCGCCGCUUCUUCCAAGGCGCGCUCCGGGCCAGGGAGGGGACCGUGCAAGGAGGGAGAGGGCGGGGGCAGCGACGCGGCCCCGCCCUCGCCCGACGCCAUCCCGCAGGCUCCGCUGUGUUCGCUGCGGUAGCAGCUGUCCGAAUGAGAGCUCGGAGGCAGAGAUUGCGAGACCCCAGCCAAAGGGGGCGGUGCUCAAGUCGUCGCCUCAGCCUCUCAGGAGCCGGCCACGCAGGACGCCACCAAUCGCAGCGCGCUAGGCGGGACGUACCCAAACCACACAACCAAUUGGGUGAAAACCGACCGGCAGGUCUUCCUCCUUCUGCUCCAAUCAAAUGCACGGAAGGAAGAACCGGGGGUAUAGUUGGUGUCCAGCCAAUGAGGCGUCCGUGAAGAGCACUGGCUAUAGUUUCAACCAAUCAAUUACAAAGGAGGCUGAUGGCCCGGCCCCCCGUCUUUAAGCAUACUGUGACAUCCCCUCGAGCCUCCCUCAGCCAAUGGAAUUCGAAGAGGCAAUACGUGAAACUUAUUGACCAAUCAUUAACCAGACAACUAGAACGUAGCUAAUCACAGCAUGCAGAAUGGAGACGUGAUCUGCUGCUUCAUCAGUGAUUGAUCGCUUUUAUCACCAAUCAGGCAAACGGUGACGCCCCUUCGUAUUUAUGGCGGCAACGGUUGAAAUAAUUGAAUACCGAGCCAACCCCAGUGGGAUCAGAAGUAGCUACAGGGAUAAAGCCAACCCUUGACCUGCAUGGAUUCAGAAGCCACUGACACCUCUACACCAGCUUCCUCUCUCACUUAUCAGCCAGUGCUUGAUGCUGCAAAGGAAAGCAGCCCAAGAAGAAGCGGCGGAGCUCAUCCACGGAGGCCACGGAAGACAAGAAGGGCAGAGGAGAUUCCACCUCUAUCCAGAUCUUUCCUCCAGAACUGUGAAGGAUGUGGUGGCUCUGGGCCAGACCUGCCGGUACUUCUACGAGGUGUGUGACAGUGAGGGGGUCUGGCAGAGGAUUUGCCGCCGUCUUUCUCCUCGGCUGCGGGAUGAGAACUCAGGUGGCGGCCGGCCAUGGAAGAGAUCGGCCAUCCUCAACUACACCAAGGGCUUGUACUUCCAGAUGUUCAGCGGCCGCCGGCACUUUGUCAGCAAGACAGUUGCCCCGCUGCUGUCCCACGGCUACCGGAGGUUCCUGCCCACCAAGGACCAUGUCUUCAUCCUGGACUACAAUGGCACCCUCUUCUUCCUCAAGAACGCCCUGGUCUCCUCCACCAUGGGCCACAUCCAGUGGCGCCGUGCGUGCCGCUACAUGGUGCUUUGCCGCAGUGCCAAGGACUUUGCCACGGACCCCCGGAGUGACACUGGGUACCGCAAGUACCUGUAUGUGCUGGCUACCCGUGAACAGCCGGUCACUGCAGCCACGGGGCGCAGCAGCGAGGGCUCUGGCACAGCCACUGGCAGCGGCCGCCUCUGUGACUGCGUGGAGGUCUAUCUGCAAUCCAGUGGGCAGCGGGUGUUCAAGAUGACCUUCCACUUCUCCAUGAAGUUCAAGCAGAUUGUGCUGGUGGGACAGGAGACAGAGAGGUCCCUCUUGCUCCUGACAGAGGAAGGGAAGAUCUACAGUUUGGUGGUGAAUGAGACGCAGCUAGACCAGCCGCGCUCCUACACCGUCCAGCUGGCAUUGCGGAAAGUCUCCAAGUGCCUUCCCCACAUCUCCAUCCGCAACAUGCACUCGAACCAGAGCAGUGCUGUCUACCUGACAGAUGAGGGCACCGUGUACUUUGAGGUCCACUCACCUGGUGUUUACCGUGACCUCUUUGGCACCCUGCAUGCGUUCGACCCGCUGGAUCAGCAGAUGCCCCUGGCCCUCUCCCUCCCGGCUAAGGUCCUCAGCUGUGCCCUUGGCUACAACCAUUUGGGGCUAGUGGAUGAGUUUGGGCGGAUCUUCAUGCAAGGAAAUAACCGCUAUGGCCAGCUCGGCACAGGGGACAAGAUAGACCGUGGGGAGCCUGCACAGGUGCACUACCUCAAGUGCCCCAUUGACCUCUGCUGCGGCCUCAACCACACACUGGUGCUGAGCCAGAGUGGGGACUUCAGCAAGGACCUGAUGGGUUGCGGCUGCGGAGCUGGGGGGCGUCUGCCAGGGUGGCCAAAAGGCAGCGCCUCUUUCGUCCGGCUGCACACCAAGGUACCGCCCUGCGCCCGCCGUAUCUGCUCCACCCGCGAGUGCCUCUACAUGCUGUCCAGCCACGACAUUGAGGAGGUGCCUGCCUACCGUGAGCUGCCGGCCAGCAAGGCAGGAGUGGCGUCGAGCGACACGGAAGCCAUGGCGGCCCGAGCCUGCGAGGAGUACUUGAGCCAGCUGCACAAGUGCCCGACCCUGGAGGGGCGCAUGGCCAAGAUGAAGGAAGCCGUUGGCAGCAUGCCCCUCAUGACAUUCCAGAAGGACUUCUUUUGGGAGGCUCUGGACAUGAUCCAGCGGGCGGCUGAAGUCCGGGAAGCCCCUUCUUCCAGCUAGCUCGCAGAUCAUGGCUCCCUCUCACCCCAUUCCUCCUGUCCACCCCCACCCUUAUACACAUCAUGGAUCAUGAUUAACAGAUAGAGAAGACUUCACACUGAACAAUUGGGAGUAAAUAAACCACAAGCAC